CUGCGCCCUCUGGCGGCGACUCCGAGCUCUGCGCGCCCGACCUGAGCCGAGAAAGAAAGGAAGGAAGGGAAGAAGGAAGGCAGGCGCGCAGGCUGGCCAAGGCAAAAAGCUCAGAGGCAGUCGCUCUCGCUCUCCCCCAUUCAUUGCCAUGGAGCGCAAGGUGGCCAGGGAGUUCAGGCACAAGGUUGACCUGUUAGUUGACAAUGAAGCAGAGAAAGAUUAUCUGUAUGAUGUGCUUCGAAUGUACCAUGAAUCCAUGAAUCUUCCAGUGUUGGUGGGAGAUCUGAAGUAUGUAAUCAAUGAACCAAGUCGACUACCAUUGUUUGAGGCCAUCCGUCCUCUUAUCCCAUUAAAGCAUCAAGUGGAGUAUGAUCAACUAACACCUAAACGAUCUCGAAAACUGAAAGAGGUGAGGUUGGAUCGGCUACAUCCCGAAGGCCUUGGAAUAAGUGUGCGAGGAGGUGUUGAAUUUUCUUGUGGCCUAUUUAUUUCACAACUGAUAAAAGGUGGGCAAGCAGACAGUGUUGGACUUCAGGUUGGAGAUGAGAUUGUCCGAAUAAAUGGAUACUCAAUUUCUUCAUGUACUCAUGAAGAAGUGAUUAAUCUUAUUCGCACAAAGAAAAUAGUGUCUAUAAAAGUGCGACAUGUUGGCAUGAUACCUGUCAAAAGUUCUCCUAAUGAACCUCUCAAGUGGCAAUUUGUGGACCAGUUUAUAUCAGAUCCUGGGGAAGGUAAAAGCAGUGUUGCUGGACUUGCAUCAUCUUCAGGAAAAAUUCAUAGAGAAAAGAAAGUUUUCAUUAGCUUGAUUGGUACAAAGGGCAUGGGCUGCAGUAUUUCCAGUGGUCCUACACAAAAGCCAGGCAUUUUCAUAAGCAAUAUUAAGCCAAAUUCUCUGUCUGCAGAAGUAGGAUUAGAGGUUGGGGAUCAGAUCGUUGAAGUAAAUGGAAUGGACUUUUCCAAAAUAGAUCACAAAGAGGCUGUGAAAGUAUUGAAAAGUAGUCAAACUCUGACUAUCUCUGUUGUAGCAGGAGCUGGGAAGGAGUUGUUUAUGACUGAAGAAGAGAGGCAGAGGGAGGAGUAUAAUCGUGAGAUGGAGCGUCAAGAGCUGUUGCGUCAGAAGCGCCUUGCACUAGAAACCAAUAAAAUCCUGAAAGAACAGCAAGAGAAAGAGAAACUGCGAAAAAUGGAAAUUGCAAAGAAGGCUGCUGAAGAAGAAGAAAGAUAUCGUAAAGAAAUUGAACAGAUAAAGGCAGAAGAGGAGAGAUUUAAAAAGCAGUGGGAAGAAGACUGGGGCCAUAAAGAACCCCCCAAACCAGCUAAAACUGUCGUUGCAGAUGUACAUCCUCCCCCUCGCCCUAAACAUAGACAUUUUGGAUGGUUUUAUCGGUAUGAAGGAAAAUUUCCCACAAUUCGCAAGAAAGGGAAAGACAGAAAGAAAUCCAAAAAUGACAGCCUCAACGAACAGAAAAAGAGCAAAAUGCAACUGGAGUUUGAACUAAAACUUCUCAAGGAAAAAGAAGAGAAGUUGGAAAGAGAAAAACAGCUGAAAAUCAACCGACUUGUGCAAGAGGUAUCUGAAACUGAACGAGAAGAUUUAGAGGAAUCGGAAAAGAUUCAACAUUGGGUGGAAAAGCUUUGUCAGACACGUUUAGAACAAAUCUCCUCUGUGGAGAAUGAUUCUCCCGAGACAACAGGUGUACGUCCUGCUGUUUCUCCUCCUGCUACAUCUGUACAGAGGUUUGCUGGUGGCUUGCAACUUCACACCACUGACCUUGAUGAUAUCAACUUAGAUGAUGUUGGCAAGCCUCCAAAGCGUCCAGCACCGCUUCCACCACAUCCUUUGCCCCACAUAGCACCCGUAUCAUCAGUGGCUUAUCCACUUUCUGGACCAAAUGUCCCAGCUGUUCGAGGACCAGCUCCAGUGUCCUCUGCAGCUAAUUGGGCAACAUCACCAUCAUCAUCAUCUUCUUGGGGACAUGUCCCACCACCUCCUCUGUCACCACCCCCUUCUCCUCCAUCAUACCCUCCUCCCCCUCUGACUUUCCAUCCAUUGCCCACUCAUUUGGAAGAAAGGAUAAGCAGCCACAGCUAUCAGACUGCUUUGCCAGCAGAGUCAGUACCUGACUGGGAAGUGAAAAAUUACAAAGGAAGGAGUUUUGCUCCCAUUGGUUCUCAGACCAGUGAUCAGCAGUCCUACUUAUCCAGUCCAAAGGUUGCAAGAAAUACAUCUCAGGUCAGCAAAAUAUCAUCUACAUCAGGCAGCUCAUUGCAAUUUUCUCCCAGCCCUCCUGCCCAGCGUCGCCCAACUGUACCUAUAGUCUCCAAACCAGUCAUGCUGCAUCCUGACCAUAAUAUCAUGGCCAGACCAGCAAUCAAAUCUGAAGCUCUGCCUCAUGAAAUGUUUAAAAGAAUGGUGGUUUACAAUUCAUCGUUUAAAACUAACAAAAAACAAGGCUUCCAGAAAUAUGUGGAAGAUUUUGAUCCCUACUCAGUGUUUUCACCAGAUCAGAUUAUGGGGAAAGAUGUCCGACUUCUGCGUAUUAAGAAGGAAGGAUCAUUAGAUCUUGCAGUAGAAGGAGGCGUUGAUUCCCCAAUUGGAAAAAUAGUGGUAUCUGCUAUUUACGAGGGGGGUGCUGCUGACAAGCAUGGAGGCAUUGUGAAAGGGGAUGAAAUAAUGGCUGUAAAUGGGAAGAUUCUAGUGGAUGCGAAUCUGGAUGAGGCUCAGGCAGCUCUUGCAAAAGCCUGGAUUGUGGGUGGGGAUUGGAUUGACUUGGUCAUUGCAGUGUCUCCUCCCAAGGAAUAUGAUGAUGAAAUGACAUUUUUUUAAUAACAUGGGAGAAAUCAUAUAUAAGGUUUCUGAAGAAAACCAGAACUUAAUAAGUACCUAGUCAGCCUUAACAAAUUGCAACCUUCUUGCAUGAGAGAAUAAGAUGAAGACAUGAUCCUGCACAUGAUUCAAGACACGUCUUGUGUUUGAACUCUGGAACCAACAUGGCAUUUCAUUUUCUCCCUUAAUAUAUGAUCAAUGCUCGGUUUUGACUGCAAACAGCUGAAUAAUUCCCAGUUCACACAGAGGCCAACUCUGAAAUUAUUUUAAGUGCAUUGCAUAUGAAAUUGUUUAGAAAUUGUCAUCAUGACAAAGGAGAGAUACAUCCUUUCUCAUAAAGCAGACAAGUAAUUCAGUUCUAUCUACAUUUACGUGGAAGCAAAUACAGUUGGGUUCAGUGGAACUGCAGUGUAAGAGAAACUGAUUAGCCAAGAUUUGACUAAACACUGGAAUCUGUUGUCAUGUAUUUUCCAACAUAAUACCAUAAUUUUUUUUAAAGUCAGUUUAGCACUGAUUCAAGUGAUUCAAGCUCCAGAAUGUUGACUUUAGUUGAUACUUUACUACAUGUGUUUCAUGAUCAGUAAUGAUGCUUCACAAUAUCACAAGGUUGAUACUUUAAUACAUGUGUUUCAUUAUCAGUAAUGAUGCUUCACAAUAUCACAAAUCCCAUGAACUCAACCUUUUCCUUGCUCUUACAAGCCCAAAUCUGGAUACGGAGGAUGGAGUGCUGAUUACUCCAUGUUGUUCUGUCCCUGUUUUGCCUUAUGAAGCAUAAACUCUUCCGGUAUUACUAGCGUAGCCUUCCCCAAUCUCGUCCUCUCUAAUGUUUCAAUUGUAACUUCCAUCAGCUGGAACUAAUAUGCUCAAUUUUAAAGAAUCAUAGGAAAAGCCUUUUUCUUGCAUUCUUCACCAUUCUUACAGUGGCUAAACAGAGACACAGUUUCCAAUUGGGACUAUAUUACCAAUAAUCAGAAUCUGUCAUCAUCAUCAGUCCUGAUGAUGAUGACAGUAAAAAAAUAUACAGUAAAAUAUACAUAUAUCAAUGUUAUUUUCACAUAGAAUUGAAACCAUAUGAAAUUAAUUAAAACAUAUGUAAAUUUAAAACAUCCCACCUUUUCAUGCCACAGAUCACAAGUGUAGGGAUUCAAUAGCGACUGGGGACUAGAUAAGGGAGAAGAGGAAAGAACUUCGCCCUCCUAAUUGUCCCAAUAAUUUGAUGAUAUGCAGUCUGACAUAUGAGGUCAUAGCUAAUGAAACUGGUAUUGUUAAUUCCAUAGAAUCUCUGCAAUUUGCUCUACAAGAUAAAAUCUCUAUUUAAAAACUGUCAUACUGGCAUAAUUAUAUUUCAAAAUGAAAUUGGGCAUGCCAUCAAUUGCAACUGUUGACUUUAUAUGUCAGAAAAACUUUAAUUUGUGAACCAUUACUUAAAACAUCAUUAAACAUCUGAGGCAAGCCAUAUCUUCUUUAAGAAGCCUCAAUAAAUAAAUCAGUAGUUUUCACCAACAAUUUAACAUGAUAUGCCUUUCUCAAAAUUGAAAGGAAAUGGACUAAUGUCUCAGUUUUUAACACUGUUUAAGUUACUGUACCUUCAUAAUUAGAUUGAGCUUUCUUGAGUAAUAGACUGAUGAAAUGUAUAGUCUACUUUGUAAAUAAUCUGUAUCUGUCAAAACCACAUCUAAAUUCAGCAGUGAAUAUCACAUUACCUUUAGCACUUAUUCUAAUUUACUAAAAUUGAAAGCAAGAUUUUUAAUGCUUUCAUAAAAGAUAGAUAAGACAAAUAAUUACAGGUUUAUGGCUUAUUUUAGUUGCUUAUUUGUACAAAUAGAACACAUACAUUUCUUUAUAUCUUUGUAUUUUUAAAAAAAAUGUUUUAUUUUGUUAAACUGUUCACUGUGCCAAAAUGUUCAGAUGUUUCCUAAUUGCUUUUCACCCAGUCGAGUUGAGAAUAAAAUGUCUAUUUUCAAAUGGA